AUGUUGAUUUCAGACAAGAAUGCGAAAUUAGAUAUACAGACAGUUCUGCGAUUUGCUGCUUUUACACGAGUGUUGGCACUUCUUUUACAGGCUGUGCUGAAUGCAGCAAUUCCUGAUCACCCAGCAGAUGCCUUCAGUCCUCCCCGGGCAGAGAAGCCACUUCUCCUGGACCCACUUAUCGAGGUUCUGUUUGGUGGAUUAGGCCGCUGGGAUGCAGAACAUUUUCUGUUUAUUGCAGAGCGUGGCUAUUUAUAUGAACACAACCAUGCUUUCUUUCCACUUUUCCCACUAAUCCUGCGUUCAGUAGCAGCUACCCUGCUGUGGCCACUGAGUGAUUUUCUGACAUUUCGUGGACGUUUACUCGUGGCAGUAUCCAUAUUAAAUAGUGCAGUCUUUUUGCUAAGUGCUGUUGCACUUUAUGGACUGAGCUGUAUAGUUUUACAGGACCGAAAGCUUGCACUAAUCACAAGCCUUAUCUACUGCCUUACACCGGCUAAUGUUUUUAUGCUAGCGGGCUAUUCAGAAUGCCUAUAUGCUGCUCUUAUUUUUGGUGGUUUGUUUUUAUUGGAAAGGGGCUUCACACUUCAAGCAAGUGUCCUUCUAGGUUUAGCUACUGCUACUCGUGCUAAUGGACUUGUUAAUGCUGGAUUUCUGUUGUAUCUACCCCUGCAGCAGAGUCUUGCUCAAGCUGAGGUGAUGAUCAAGGGAUCUGAAUGGCACAUUAGAUUCCAAAAAUACAUUGUGACUGCUUUGCGGUUUUUACCCAAAUCAUUACUACAUAUUGUAGUCAUUGUGCUACCAUUCUGUUUCUUCCAAUAUUAUGGCUACCACACGUUCUGUAUGGAAUCUAUGAAUCAGGAGGUUUCUCCUGUGCUCCUUCUGUUGGCUAAAGAGAAAGGAUACCGAGUCCCAGAUGCAGCAGCCUUCAGACCCAGCUGGUGCCUGGCACCCAUUCCAGUACUGUACUCUUAUAUUCAGGAUGUUUACUGGGAUGUAGGAUUUCUCAGAUAUUUCCAGUUCAAACAGAUACCCAAUUUUCUUCUGGCACUUCCUAUAUUUAUAUUGACUGGCAUGGCAUCAUACAUAUAUAUAAUGGCCAAUCCACAGUAUUGUUUACAUCUUGGCCUGGGGAGGAUUGGAAUAAAGGGAAAAGAAGGAAAACCACCAACAGGUUUCUACAGCCUAAAGGUCUUUGUGUAUGUUGUUCAUUGCUCUGUCUUGCUGAUGUUUGGCACAUUCUGCAUGCAUGUUCAGGUGCUCACCCGUUUUCUAGCUUCAUCUUCACCAAUAGUUUAUUGGAUUAGCAGUCACAUUCUUCUCUCUGACGAACCCAUAUUACAAGAAGACAACAAUGCUCAUGGCCAACAAAAGGACACAAAAAGUUAUUUUAGUUAUUUUUUCAUGUCAUGCCCAAAUAACCCUGUCACUCAACUUUUGAUGAACUGGAGGAAUUGCUCUUUUCCCACUUGGUGCAUUCUGGGUUACUUCAUCUUGUAUUGGUUUUUAGGCUUGGCUUUGCACUGUAACUUCUUGCCCUGGACUUAAAGGAGAAUGUUUGACUGAACUGAGCUCUGCAUACCCUACAGACUUGUCAAACUCCAAUUCUCAGAUGGCAAUCAGAUUUUUUGACUCCCUGCCAGACACUUUGGCACUAAAUCCAUGUCACCCUAGUGCCCUUGGUAUCACCCCCACCUUUCCCUGCCUCAUGGCCAGUCUGUGUGGAGGAACACAUCAUUGCAGUGUUUAGCUUUAUUUCUCAUUUAAUAUACCUGUUGAAUUAUUUGGAUUCGGUAUGUUAUAACUGGGAACAGAUAAAGUAUUUAAGGCUGUGGCCAAGCUGGAUUACUUUUGCAUUUAUGUGACAUGGAUUCAUAUAAAAAAUACUUCUUCAAUUUAAUUACAUUGCUAAAUGUAAGUAAACGUCUGCCAUUCGGACGGUCACUGUUCUAAAUAACUAAACAUGCUGCCAAACUGUAUUAUGUAUUAUUAAAUACAUACAUUUGUGUUAUCAUUUUAUGAUAUUGGGGACCAUGAC